GGGAAGCGCAGAGCAGGUUCAAAUAAAGACGGCGGGUGAUCAUGGCGUCGCCUCUUGCCUCUUAGAGGUAAUUGCCCUGCGUUUUGUGUUGAAGAUGUGGCGGGUGAAAAAAUUGAGCCUUAGCCUAUCGCCUUCGCCCCAACCGGGAAAACCAGCUAUGAGAACGCCUCUCCGAGAACUUACGUUGCAGCCGGGUGCCCUCACCAGUUCUGAAAAAGGGCCCCCGAUAGGCCACUCUCCGAGCCCGUCGCUGUGCAAGCUGGGGCUGCAGGAAGGCAGCAACAGUUCUUCGCCACUGGAUUUUGUCAAUGCUAAGAAGACAGACUCGUCUUCAGAACCAUUCAGCCAUCCCUCAAAGUGGCUAGAAGCUUGUCAACAUGAAUCAGAUGAGCAGCCCCUACAUCUGAUUCCCCAAACCAACUCUACUCCCAAAACAUCUGAGGCGGCAGUGAACCCGCUGGAUGACAAUGUGGUUAAAACCAUGGGCCUUGUACCCUCUCCCGGGGGGCAGCAGCAAGACAUUACCCUUGAGGCCCAUCUAGAUACCAUGGCAGAGACAAAUAGCUUCUCUCUAGAUGAGCCUUUGAGGCCAGGAGAUCUGCAGACAAAGGGGGUGGCACCUUGUCUGGAAGACAACUUUUCAGAAACUGUUCCUUCUUUGUCUGAGAAACCUGCGUCUUGGGAUCCUCCUUCCCACCUCUUGGAGUACCCACCCAAUUCCUCUUCUGAGCCACAGCUCCACUGCUCCAAGGAAAGCCUGGAGGGCGGGAGGCCUGAGGCUGUGCCUGAGGACUUAGUCCCUUCUGAAGGCAGUGCCUUCUUGCCUCCCUCCAGGCUCUGGCUUUCCCCUUCAACUGCCUUAGCGGCAGAUUUCCCCGUCAGUCAUGAGGACCCAGGGGAGGAAACUGUUGAGCACAAAGCGGUAGAGGAGAGAGAAAUGAGCUUUCCCACACUCCCUGAGGAGGCUGAAUUGGGAGAUCAAGCACUUAUUUCAAAUAUGGAAGAUAUUCCGUCCACAUGCCUGACCCCAAAUCUAGGAGAAAUGGAAUCCCAAGCAGCAGAAGAGGCUGGUAGGAUUGCCAUCUCUGAUAUGGGGCCUUGGAUGUCCCCCCUGGCCUGGCUGGAAAAAGGUGUAAAUACCUCAGCCAUCCUGGAAAAUCUCCGCCAGAGCUUAUCCCUUCCCUCCUCAUUUCGGGAUGCUGCCAUUGGCACUACCCCUUUCUCUGCUUGCUCGGUGGGGACUUGGUUUACUCCCCCGGUACAACAGGAAAAGAGUACAAACACAUCCCAGACAGGCCCGGUGGGCACCAAGGACAGUACUUCUGAGACAGAGCACCUCCUCUGGGGCCGUCCUCCGGAUCUGGCUGCCUUAUCUCGACAUGACCUGGAAGAUAACCUGCUGAACUCUCUUGUCAUCCUGGAGGUUCUCUCCCGCCAACUGCGGGACUGGAAGAGCCAGCUGACUGGCCCUCACGCGGAAGUCCGGGACACCAGCACACAGACUGACACUUUCCCCUGUGGGAUGAGUAAGCAACCUCAGCGUCUUCCGCACAGCCAGGAGAUUGGACAGGCUCUGCAGCAGGCCAGGAAUGUCAUGCAAUCAUGUGUGCUGGUCUCUAAAGAGCUGAUAUCCUUGCUUCACCUGUCUCUGCUGCACUUAGAUGAAGAUAAAACUACACUGAGUCAGGAGUCUCGGCGCGCAGAAACCUUGGUGUCCUGCUGUUUUGAUGUACUGAAGAAAUUGAGGGCAAGGCUCCAGAACCUCAAAGCAGAAAGGGAGGAGGCAAAGCAGAGAGAGGAACUGGCCCUCAGAGGCAAGGACGUGGCAGAGACAGUGCUAGAAGCUUUCUGUGCACACGCUGGCCAGCGCAUCAGCCAGCUGAAACAGGACUUGGCUUCCAUGGGGCAAUUCAGAGGCCUUUUGAAGGAGACCCAGACCCAACUGGCAGGGCUUCAUAUUGAGCAAGAAGAGUUGGCUCAGCAGACAGCAAGUCUUACUUCAGCUUUGCAUCAGGACUGGAUAUCCAUGCAACUGGAUUAUGUAACAUGGACAGCUUUGCUGAGCCGGUUUCAGCAACUCGCAGAGAAAUUCACAGCCAAGAGCCAGCAGACCCUGCAGAAACGUGAUGCUGCAAUUGAGGAAAAGGAGCAGGUUUCCAGGGAGCUGGAACAAGUCUCUUCCCAUUUAGAGGACUACAAAAGCCAGAGAGAACAACUGGAGUUGGAAAACAGUCGCCUAGCAACAGAUCUCCGGGCUCAGCUGCAGAUUCUGGCCAGCAUGGAGAGUCAGCUAAAAGAGCUACAGAGUCAGCAUGCCCAUUGUAUCCAGGACCUGGCCACAAAGGAUGAAUUGCUCUGCCAGCUGUCCCAGAGCAGUGAGGAGCGCGCUGCGCAGUGGCAAAGGGAGGAGAUGGCACUAAAACACACGCAGGCAGAGCUGCAGCAACAACAGGCUGUGCUGGCCAAGGAGGUGCAGGACCUGAAGGAGACCCUGGAGUUUGCAGAACAAGAGAAUCAGGUUGCUCACUUGGAGCUGGGCCAGGUGGAGUGUCAGUUGAAAACCACGCUGGAAGUGCUCCGGGAGCGCAGCCUGCAGUGCGAGGACCUCAAGGACACCGUGGAGAACCUGAGGGCUGAACUGGCCAGCAUCAUAGCAGAGAAGCAGCAGCAAGACCUGGAGAAGGCGUGCCAGUGUUCCCAGGAGCUCAGGGUGCUGACUGAGCAACUCCAGAGCCUGACCCUCUUCCUACAGACAAGAUUAAAGGAGACGGCUGAACCAGAGACCCUCCCAAUAAGCACAGCCUAUGCUCCGUCCCAGGAGCACCCUCCACCCGCCGACAGCGCCUUCUUGGGAAGCAUCCUGACAGCUGUGGCAGAUGAAGAGCCAGAAUCAGCUCCUGUGCCCUUGCUUGGAAGUGACAAGAGUGCUUUCACCAGAGUAGCAUCAAUAGUUUCCCUUCAGCCUACAGAACCCCCAGGCAUCGAGAAGAGCCUGGCAGAAAUGAGUACUCUGAUUCUGGAGCUUCAGAGCCUGUGUUCCCUGUUGCAGGAGUCUAAAGAGGAGGCUAUCAGGACUCUGCAGCGAAAGAUAUGUGAUCUGCAGGCUGAGCUGCAGUCCCAGGAAGAACAGCAUCAGGAAGCCCAGAGAGCAAAGGAAGCGGACAUAGAGAAGCUGAACCAGGCCUUGUGCUUGCGCUACAAGAAUGAAAAGGAGCUCCAGGAAGUGAUACAGCAGCAGAACAAGAAGAUCCUAGAGCAGAUAGACAAGAGUGGCGAGCUCAUAAGGCUUAGAGAAGAGGUGGCCCAGCUCACGCGCUCACUUCGGCGUGCGGAGACAGAGACUGCGGUGCUCCGAGAGACCCUGGCAGGCCAGCUGAACCCCGACUGUCAGCCCAUGGCCACUAACUGGAUCCAGGAGAAAGUGUGGCUCUCCCAGGAGGUGGACAAGCUGAGGGUGAUGUUCCUGGAGAUGAAAAAUGAGAAGGCGAAACUUACGGUCAAGUUCCAGAGCCAUAGAAACAUCCUGGAAGAGAAUCUGCGGCGCUCUGACAAGGAGUUAAAGAAACUAGAUGACAUCGUUCAGCAUAUUUAUCAGACUCUGCUGUCCAUCCCAGAGGUUGUGAAGGGCUGCAAGGAGCUACAGGGAUUGCUGGAAUUUCUGAGCUAAGAAACUGAAAGCUGGAAUCUGUUUUACCCCUUUUUACUUGCAACACUCCUUUACCCCAAGACCAGGACCAACUCUGUUUAAUGCUAUUUAAAUGAAGUAUAUUUAAUGUA